AUAUAACGGAUCCUAUAAAGCAGCUUCUCGUAACAGGUUAACGAUUCCGUCCCAUGGCGGCCGCCAGCGCCCUCCGAUGGAUCAAAAUAACAGCCCUAGUCGCCGCCGUUGCGACGGCCGCCGUCGCCGUCGCCGUCGCAGCUUCGUUGCAUCGUCGGAGAGCGCAGCAGCUGGAGUCGCGCAUCCGAGAGCUCGAGGUUUCUCUUGCGGCAGCCCUCGAGAAAAGCGCUUCGGAGAGGCGCGGGAGAACUCGAGCUCAACAGGCCUUGCGGAAGGUUUUGACGGAGCAGAACUCAGAUGAAUUCAAGAAAGUUGCAGCCUCGGCCUACCCCAUGACUCCCAUUGGCACCAUCAGGUCCUGCUUCUCUACCAGAAAUGGUACUCCAAGACAACCUUUGCUUGUACCUCUUGCUAGAGCUUGCCUGGUGUUUGACUCUGGUCGAGUCCCUACAGCUGCGCUUGAAGGCCUUGCUGAGUAUUCUCAUUGUUGGAUCCUUUAUGUAUUUCAUCUUAACACUGACUUUGAUAAGCUGUGGAGGGAGCCAUCUAGAUCCAAAUUCAAGGCUAAGGUUAGAGUGCCUAGGCUAAAAGGAGGUAAAAUGGGAGUUCUGGCUACCCGAUCCCCACACAGGCCUUGCCCUAUCGGACUUACUGUUGCCAAGGUUGAAGCUCUAGAUGGACACGCACUUUUGCUUUCUGGUGUUGAUUUGGUUGACAGCACGCCGGUACUUGAUAUCAAACCUUAUCUUCCAUAUUCUGAUAGCAUUCGUGGUGCAACUGUUCCAAACUGGGUUAAGGCAGAUAAUACAUUAGCAGUGGCAUCUGUUAGGUUUUCUCCAAAUUUUUCCUCCUCAUUAUCAAGUUGCUGGGAAGAAGUUGAAAAAUGCUCAUUGUAUGCUUCUCAGCUUGAAUUCCAAAAUUUAAUCCGAGAGGUUCUUUCCUGGGAUAUCAGAUCCCUGUCUCAAGUAAAUGACCCUCAUAACACAUUGGUAGUAAAAGAGAGCUUCAAUGGUCUUCUAGAAUCUGAGAACGUAGCUGAUGAACCCUCUGAGAUUCCAACCAAGAAGCCUGAGAGCUGCAAUACUAUUCUAGUAGAGAAUAUAAGCGGAGAAGAAUCCUCUCAGACUCUAAGAAAGGAAGAGCCUGCUUCAUCAUCGCUAAAUGAGGUAGUAUAUCACCUUGUCCUGGAAGGAAUUGACAUCUCAUAUAAGAUGGCCUCGAAUGCUAACAUUUUGGUUGAAAAAGCUUCGAUGUUGCCCGAUUAUAAGAGAAGUCAUCACUACAGCUACUCGAUGUGGAAGGAUAAACUGAGCAUCGAGUCUUUCAACACUUGACAUACAAAGAGAUCUGCAUAGCAAAUGACCUCAUUAAGUGUCUCUAAUGCUACUAGAUGAGACUAUGUCACGGUUAGGGUUGCAGAAGAGCAGAGGAGAAGAUGGAUACUAAUGGGAUGAUAAGUGUCUCUAAUGCUGCACGAUGAGCCUAGAGAUCGCUCGACUUUAUUUUUUUUUCUGGUAUUAGAUCCAAGAUUUUAGUAUGGUUGGUAAGGGCAUAGAAAGCUAUUGGCAAAGAUCAUGAGUCACUUAAAUGCAAGUAUUCAAGAAUUCCCAUAACUAUCUUUACUAAAGAAAAGUUAUUAGGUUCUUGUUUUUUAUUUUUAUAUAUAUUUUCCAAAAAAAAUAUUCGAAGGGAGGCUGAUGUUCUCUUCUUCGCUCUCAAUUGAAACAGAAAUAUAUAUAUAUAUAUUUUAGGGCCAA